UACCUCGAACAUAUCACAUAUGGGUCAGCCAUUUGAGCCCAUUUUCUCUCUCUCUCUCUCUCUGUCUCUCUCUCUCUGAGAUCAGAGCGAUGACGAAGGGCUCUGAUUCGUCUUCUGUGGUUCAUCUAAAUAUUGGAGGGAAGAAAUUUUGCACAACUGUUGAUACAUUGACUCAGUGCGAGCCUGAGUCGAUGCUCGCUGCGAUGUUUAGCGGUCGCCACACAGUGUGCGAGGACCCCGAAAAGGGAUAUGUUGUUGUUGAUAGGGAUGGGAAGCAUUUUCGGCAUAUUCUCAAUUGGUUGAGGGAUGGUGUUGUUCCCACACUAAAAGACUCUGAAUAUUCAGAGCUUCUUCGGGAAGCAGAAUACUAUCAGCUACUUGGACUAAUAGAUGGAAUUAAUGCUCUUCUAAAUAAGAAGAAAGAAGAUGAUGAGAUUAAUACAGAAUUGACGCGAACUGAUAUCAUCAAGUGUAUACAAUCUGAGAGAGUCAGAUUUCGAGGGGUUAAUCUUUCUGGUCUUGAUCUUUCAAAACUGGACCUGUCGUUUGUGGACUUCAGCUAUGCUUGUCUUAAAAAUGUUUUCUUCUCACGUGCAAACCUUCAAUGUGCUAAGUUCCGGGAUGUGGAUGCUGAGGGCUCCAACUUUCACAAUGCAACUUUGCGUGAGUGUGAAUUUACUGGGGCAAAUCUUCGUAGAGCUUUAUUAGCUGGAGCUAAUCUUCAGAGUGCUAAUCUACAAGAUGCUUGUUUGGUGGAUUGCAGUUUCUUUGAAGCAGAUCUCCGUUCUGCUCACCUACAGAAUGCCGACCUUACUAAUGCCAAUUUGGAGAAUGCGAUUUUGGAAGGAGCCAAUUUAAAGGGGGCAAAGCUGAGUAAUGCCAACUUAAAGGGUGCAAAUCUUCAACGAGCUUAUUUACGACAGGUCAAUCUUCGAGACACACAUUUGGAAGGUGCAAAGCUUGAUGGUGCCAACUUGCUUGGAGCGAUCAGAUGACACCUGGGCAAAGCCGUAUGCAAGUUCCCUCUUAAUGUAUAAAUAAGCAGAGCCUCUUGUCUGAUUCUCAUCCCUCUCCCUCCUGCCAACACUUUGAGAUUCCUUGGAACGAAAAUCUUUGUGCAAAUUGUGGAUGGUUCCAAAAAAAAAUCAUAAUUAAUUCCCUUCCCAUUGUGAAUAGUGUAGCUGUUACUUGUAAUGCUUAGCACAACGUAAAUACCUCAUUUGCUUCUGAAUAUAGCAGAAUAUAUGGUUUUCCAAUAA